GACAUUUUCUUGCAUCUUCGUCUUUUCUUUUUCCACUUUGCAUUACUAAACAAAAACCGGAGAUUUAUAUAGCGAGUUGUUGUUUUUAUUAGAAUUUAAAACGGAGAUGGAAGAACCAGCAAGUUUUUGUCAUAAGUGAUGAGAGAGCGAGGUUCAGAGCAGUUCUCGUGGCGGCGCUGCAGGGGCUCUAAUUUCGUGCAUUAUUGCUGGAAAUUGAAGUGGGAGAUAAAGUAGAAACCAUAGUUUUUUCUUUCUAAAUUUUUAUUUUUUUACCCUAAAAGUUUUCUAACCUCAAAAAAUGGAAGGGAAAAAACCCAGAAAUCAUAAAAGAAAUUGAAACAGGCUCUUUGUAUUGAAUUGUAGUCAUUGAGGGUGAGGGGUAGAUAUAUAGCAGAAAUAGCAAAGAUCGGGUCAACCUCCCCCCCCCCAGACACACCUGAUCUACAGACAUUUCACAGACUAGCUUUAAAAAUUGAACAGAAAAAGCUUCCACAGGAAAAUCCAACCAGCUCACCACACUGGUGAUCUAGCGGUGAAGGGUGUGAGGGGGCACUAAAUAGGAUCUUUCUGCUAUGGACUUUGGGUCAAAUUUUAGAUUGGUUUCAGCUUCUGGGUGCAACAAAUGGCUGGCUUCUUCUAUCUAGGUGGACGAGAAGGAGUGAACAAACAUCAAGGAGAAGAUAAAGAGGAGAACCUGUAUCUUUACAGAAACGAGGAGAUCAACAGCAAAGGGUUUGAGAUAUGGCCUCAGUAUUAUUACCAACAGCAAACCGUCAACAACUACUCGUUUGGAGCGGGUCCUAGUCGAAGAGCCACUGGCUUUAAUCUUUCCGAUGAGUCUCCUUCGAGAUCAGCAGGGUUUACGGUUACGAGGCCAGGAGGUAUGAACUGCCAAGACUGUGGAAACCAAGCUAAGAAAGAUUGUCCACAUUCGAGAUGCAGGACUUGUUGCAAAAGCCGUAGUUUUCAGUGCCGAACACACGUUAAGAGUACUUGGGUUCCUGCUGCAAAAAGGCGAGAGAGACAACAACAACUUGCAGCUUUGCAACAAACACAGCAGCAGCAGCAAAAUCAACAGCAACAACACCAACUUCAGUUUCGAGGAGAGAAUCCUAAAAGGCAGAGAGACAAUCAUGGUUCUUACUCUCUUGCCUGCACUCGUUUAUCCCCCACCACAUCAGGGUUGGAAGUGGGGCAAUUCCCUCCCGAAGUGAGUUCUGCAGCAGUCUUCCGUUGUGUAAAAGUAAGCCCUAUGGACGAUGUAGAGGGGGAGUUAGCUUAUCAAACGGCUGUGAAUAUAGCAGGGCAUGUAUUCAAGGGAAUUCUCUACGAUAGAGGCCCUGAGGGUCGUUAUACAAGUUUUGGCGAAAGCUCUAAAUCACUCAACCUCAUCACAGAUGCGUCCACCACCGCAGCAGCUGCUACAACGACAAUAAUCACUUCUACGACAGGCGAUCCAGCAACAAGUCUGCUUGACCCUUCUCUUUAUUCACCUCCACCUAAUGCUUUCGUUGCUGGUACGCAAUUCUUCCCACCUCCAAGGUCUUGAUUCCACAGUUCACAAUGACCUCUGUACGAGCGGAUCCCUUCAUUUUAGCAAAAAAACAAAAAAAAAACCAUUGUCUUUUGUUGUCCUUUUAUUAUUUAGUUUGUCAAAUGUCAUUUAACACCACCGAAGAACAAAACAUUUGGAUGAGAAUAGAAACUUUUGAAGGUGCUUAUGAUAUU